UGUUAUCUACUCAGCUAAAUUAACUAGUUUUGGAUUCUUAAACCGAUGAAGUUUAUUUCCCUUUUUGUUUGCGCUGUUACUGCCUCUGCCGUUGCAGCUCUAAACAGCAACCAAGCCCAUGGCCUGGAAACUAUUGCCAAAAAUUGCAAAUAUAGCGAAAGCAACACCAAAGCUCUGAUCAUAGUACUUUCCAAGUUUGCAAAGGAAGCCAAUUAUCCCAAGGUCACAGAGCUUUUAGACGCUAAAAAUUAUAAGGAAGCCGCGCAGAUCCUUAAUGAGCGCAUCUCUACACUUAAAAAGGAUGCACAAGUCCAGAAAGAUCAGAGAUAUGAGGUUGGCUUUGUAAAGCUUAGACGCUGUGUCGAGAGCUUUGCAGAGGCAUAUCUGAACUGAUAAUUGGUUUAAACAUUAAACCAAAUCUGC